ACAAUUGAAAUUUACCGGAAAAUAUAGAAAAGAUUCUUCAAUUUCACAAAUUCAAUUAGCUUUAAACAUUGAUAAUAUAGACAAUGGCAGGAAUAUUAAAUCAAUUAUUGAUGAUUUAGAUACGCUUAUAAGAAAUAAAGAUAUUACGCAAAUUUCAAUGGUUGAACGAGUUGUUUAUUUGGAUAAAGAUUAUGGAUGCAAACACGAACCAAAUAUUAUUGAUCAAUUACGUGAUACAGCAAUUAUUGUAUUUCCUGCUCUCUUUUUAGUAGCUUCUAUAUAUUUUAUCUCUAGAUGGUGGUGUAAAAACAAAAAUAAAAAAGAUCCAAAGGAGUGUCACAAUCGGAUCAUUAUUUCAAUAGCAGUAAUUUUAAGCGAUGUUGUAUUUGAUUCCUUAUUUACUAUUAAUGAUUCAGUUGAAGUAAAUCUAUACAUUCCGAGUCUGGUAUUUUUUGUUGUUCCAUUAAUAUUCAAUUUAGUUAUAAUAAUAACGAAAGAAAUCAAAGAUAGUUCUGAAUUUCGUAGAUGGUUUAAAGAUAAUAGUGGAAUUACAAUCAUAACAGCAACAUUAGCAACAAUAAAUAUUAAAAUGUUGAAUAUAAUUUCAUCAAAUUUUGGUGGAUUUAAUUUUUUUAAUGCUAGAUUUUCUGAAAAAACCGAAAAAAUUAUAUUAUGUGGGGGUUUCAUAAGUUUUAUGAUUGAAGAUUUGCCUCAAUUAGUAAUUCAAAUUCUCUAUUCUAAUAGAACAAUUGCUUGGAAUAUAAUUCCUUUACUUUCAUUAAUUAGCAAUGGAUUUAUUUUUGUGAUGGAUAUUUAUGAAUAUUGGUUUGAAAUUUAUCAUCAUAUACAGGGAAAAGUUGUGAAUAAAAAUAGUAGCAAUAGUUCAACUAAAUUAGAUGAAGAUUCGUUAGAAACUUCAUUAGCAAUAACACUGACUAAUUCAAUUUCUAUUGUUAAUAAGGAAAUAGCCAACAAUGAUGACAUUGAGAAAAAUGAUGAAUCUAAUGUUAAUGAAAUCUCUCCAGCUGAAGAUAGUAUAAAUUAUGACGAAAAAAUGAAUAAGGAUGCAAAUGUAAAAAUACAACAGCAGAAACCAAAAAUUGGAAUUGAUGAAACUUUAAAUUCUGAAUCAGAUAUUCAGAACGUUAUUUAAAAAUUCAGAAUGAAAUAAUAUCAUUAUAAACUAAAUAGUUAAUAAUAUCAAAUCAUAUUAUAAGGAUAUAAAUUAUAUUUAAAUCAUUAUC